AUGGAGUCGCAAUGCGAGUAUUUCAUGUAUUUCCCCGCGGUGCCAAUCUCAGAUUUAUCAGAUCCGGCACGGUAUCGGACCUUACCCCGAAGAAGUCACCUUUAUCUGGGGGAAACGGUGCGCUUUCUCCUUGUGCUGCGGUGCAGAGACGCUUCCAAGACGUGGAAAGAAUUGGCUGGGUCUUUGUGUGCCGUGGCCAGUAUCAGUCCCGGAGAGGGCAGCCGACACCGGACCCACCACCACCAGCAGCAUUAUUACCAUGAUUACCAGAGCAGCGGAGACGAGGGUAACGAGGAGGCAGAGGAGCAAGACUACAUUGCUGCAGCCGAGGCUGCCAUCGCUGCUCUGGGCAGCAGGGUAGAUACACGCUGCCACACCUUCAGAGACUGCAAACCUCUCCUCAUCCACAACACAACAGGGACUGGCACUCGGGAGUUCCGCAGGGCACCUGUCCAGUCUCCCCUAGAUGAGCCUGUUGUACUGACUGAUGAGGUCAUCUUCCCCCUCACCGUGUCUCUGGACAAGCUCCCAGUCAGCACCCUCAAAGUCAAGGUGAUGGUCACAGUGUGGAAGAGAGAGGCAGAGAAAGCUGAGGUCCAGGAGCACGGCUACCUGAGCGUCUUACAGCAGCGAGUCCCCACCCACACCUUCAGACAUGACCUCAACACCUUUAAAGCACAGGUGAGUACAACUCUGACAGUCUUGCCUCCCCCCACUGUCCGCUGCAAGCAGAUGACCAUCUCUGGGAAGCACCUGACCGUCCUGAAAGUGCUGAAUGAGUGCUCUCAGGAGGAAGUUAGUGUGAAGGACAUUAGAAUAUUACCAAACCUCAAUGCCUCUUAUCUUCCCAUGAUGCCUGAUGGCUCUGUGCUGUUGGUGGACAAUGUGUGCCAUCAGUCAGGAGAAGUUGGCAUGGCGUCUUUCUGCAGGAUGGAGAGUAUUGCGUGUCGUUUACCCAGCAUGCUGAGCCCCCUGGAAGAACAUGACUUUCUAUUCCAGCUGCACCUCAAUGACAUGCCACUGGAUAACUCCACAGAGGGACUGGAGGUUCCCCUGGUUGCUGUGCUUCAGUGGUCAACUCCCAAGAUGCCUUUCACCAGCUGCAUCUACACACACUACAGAUUGCCCAGUAUCCGUCUGGACCAGCCGCGGUUCGUGAUGACCGCCAGCUGCCCCAGCACAGCCGAAGUCAAAGAGCACUUCCGGGUCAGAUACGUCCUACUUAACAAUCUGCAGGAUUUCCUGGCUGUCCGGCUGGUCUGGACACCAGAGGGUACCCAACACUGAAUAUAUUUGUGUGAGAGAGAGAAAGAAAGACUUUGUGCAUGUGGGGCAGUAGUGUGUCACACCCCUCUCUGCAACCUGGGUCACUGUCGUAAAGGCAGCACCCUCUCCUUCACCGUGACCUUUCAAAUCCUCAAACCGGGGCUGUAUGAGUUGAGUCAACAUAUGAAGUUGAAGCUCCAGUUCACAGCAUCAGUGUCAAACCCUCCUCCAGAUGCGCGCCCUCUCUCACGGAAGAAUAGCCCAUCAAGCCCAGCAGUCCGGGACCUGUUGGACCGACACCAGGCCAGCCUGGGCCGGUCCCAGUCUUUCUCCCACCAACAGCCGUCUCGCUCCCACAUCAUGAGGACCGGCAGUGCCAUGGAGCGUCGGGCCAUCACCCCCCCUGUGGGGUCCCCCGUUGGCCGGCCCCUCUACCUGCCCCCCCAGGACAAGGCUGUGCUCUCGCUGGACAAGAUCGCCAAGAGGGAGUGCAAGGUCCUUGUGGUGGACCCCAUUGGUUAAAGAGCUCGAC